UCCUUCAUGAAUACAUUUCUCAAAAGCCCUAUAAAUUGGAAUUUUCCAUUAAGAAACUUCUCACAAAGUUCCCUUUUUUUUUUCUUCUUUUUGCCUUUUCAUAAUUUCCCUUCCAAAUUAUUUAGUUCAUAAUUAUAUGUCAAGAACUCGUAUCCCUCUCCAAGCAAAUCCAUUGUUUCUUAGGAAAAUGAAGCAAUUGAAACGGCAAUUCAGGAGCCUUGUAAUUGAUUCCACAAGCCAACAAGUCCUAAAUAAAAAAGAUGAUGAGACAGAAACCAAGUCAUUGCCCUAUAACUCUUCCACUUGGGUGCCUCAUCCUCGCACUGGAAUUUACUUCCCUCAAGGUCAUGAGUGGGUCAUGAAGGACAUCCCCGAGAAUGCAGCUUCCUUCUCUCGACUUUGUUGGUUUCGGGAUUCUGAUGAUGUCGACGACUUGAACCAUGAAAACAAUACCUCUUCGAGGUCUUGAUUUGCCUUUGUUUUUAGGGGUCGGGAUUGAGCCUUAUUAGGAAAGAAGGUUGUCAAUGGAACAAUGAAAACGAUGUAUUAAUGGCUUGACAACGUAUUGCUUGUGAGCUUUUGUUGAUAAGAGAGACCCAAAUUGACAUUGGAAUAAUGUAAAUUAGUUUACUACAUAUAGGUAAACUAUCGAACAAUAAAAUGAAGAAAUAAUAAUUCGAAAGUUUAAACAUCUAUAAA